CUGGUUUGAAGGCUCAGGAUGAGGGAUUCCCCACAUGAGUGUGUGUACAGUAUAAAAGCUCAUAUAUCACAUUGUCACAAACAAACUCAGAGACGACUGUCUUCAUCAGCAUUCAUCAUGAAAAACUUGGUUGUGUUCAUCGCAGUCGUCGUGGCUCUUGCGACAGGAAGUCCAGUUCCAUCAGAUUCACAGCAGUGCGCCGCAUGCUCACCACACGCUCGCUCGUUGCUCACCAACCUCUCGCAGCUCAUGGACAAGGAGGGACAAGCGAAACAUCCUCAUUUGUUUGCCGGUUUUAACUGCACUGAACAGACAACACAAAUGAUUCCCUUCACACAGACAGCAGUGGUCUGUCAGCCCAUCACACCUGCUAAUACGUCAUGUGUCAACCAGAGAAACUCCACAUUCAGUGAAACUGAGUGUGUGAGUAACAUCAGAGAUGAUCUGUGGUAUUAUAAUCAAAUCCUGAAAUCAUACGUCGAUGGAGUCCAGAAUGCUGUGCAGGAUUUGAAUCCUGUUUUAAUGGCUACAAAAACCCUUAUGAGUUGCUUGCAGGAAAGUUGUCCACGUUUAUCUGCUGAAAGAACGCAGCCUGAAUGGGAUGUCUGGCAAGGAUCACCCUUCGAUGACCGCCUGUCCCUGUGCAAAGCACUGAAGGGCUUCCACAUUCGGGCCAUCACCAUGAACCGAGCCCUGGGCUACAUCGCCUCCGGAGACCACAGGAAACUGAAUUAAAUAAGAUGAUUAAAGUCACACUAACACAUCCAAAGCAACGUGAUAGAAACACACCAAAUAUAUAAGCUACACGUGUGGAUAUUUAUAUGAUGGUACCUCUUCAGUCUAUUUAUUUGCUCAAAGUAUUUAUGUAUUGACAUGCUUGCGG